AUGCCAGAAGCGAUAGGCAAACAUCAACUUAAAAGCAGUUUUAAGCCGACACAAACUAUCAGACCUCUUUAUACAGGCGGGAAAGUAGCUAUAUCACCAGAUGAAAAUCUUUUGAUAACAACUAUUGGCGAUAGUAUCGAAGUAACUGAUCUUCAAAAUGGAAAUAAAGUGCUCCAUUUGAGUGGUGAUACUGAACUAAUUACUACCUUUGCGAUAACACCUGAUGGUAAUUACAUUGUAACUUCAAGUCGAAGUUUAGUUGUAAAAAUAUGGGAUUUUAAAACAGGACAGAUAAAAAAAUCUUUUAAGGCUCAUGAGGCUCCAAUAAUAAUAAUGGAUAUAGAUCCUACUUCUUCUUUAGUCGCUACAGGAUCUGCUGAUAGUACUGUUAAAGUUUGGGAUAUUGAAGGUGGUUUUUGCACACACAACUUUCGAGGACAUGGAGGUAUAAUUAGUGCACUCAAAUUUCAUUUAAAAAAUAAUCAAUGGACUUUGAUUUCUGGAGCAGAUGAUUGUAAUAUACGUGUAUGGGACUUACAGGAUCGAAAGUGUGUUGCUGUGUUAAAGAGUCACGUUAGUAUUAUUCGUGGACUAGAUAUGUCAAAUGAUGGACGGUUCCUUAUUAGUGGUUCUAGAGACAAGGUUGUAAAUAUAUGGGAUUUUGAUAAAAAGACAUUAUUGAAAACAUUUCCAAUCUUUGAGACAAUAGAAACAUUAGGGGUUUUGCAGCCCCAUACAACAAUAAAUAAUAUGGAUGAAGAUUUUGAGGGAGAGUUAUUUUAUACUGGUGGUGAUAAGGGAAUCAUUAGAAUAUGGGAUAUUCAAACUGGUAAACUUAUCCAAACUCAGGAACCAGAAAAGAAUACCAAACACAUAAUAUCUGAUAUUAUGUUCGUAAAUAUUCAAAUUUCUUGA